CGCCGCGGCCCAAAAAUAACUAGGCGCCCCCACAAAAAUCGCUCUCCCUCGCCCCCCCUCUCUCUCCCUCCCUCCUCUGCCCCGAGAUCCGCCCCGCGACCCCGUCACCCCGCCCCGCUCGCCCGUCUCCGGCGCCGAUCCUCCGACCCCGCCGCCCAUUUCGGCGCCCACCGGUGCUCGUCCCCCACGGCGGCACGUGUCCGCUCCGGCCUGCUUUUGGCCGCUCGCUCGACGAGCCCAUCGAUACGGCGCCGCGCCCGACGUGCCGGACGGGCGGUUGCUGCUCGCCGGAGGAGGCAGCGAGGGCCGUCUGCGCCCGAGUGAACGUCGCAGCGCUUUCGGCGGUGGUGGACCGACGACGGCAGACGCCUUGUGCGGUGCUGCAUUGGGUGGGAACGGAGCCAGAGCCAGGCGGGCUCCUCGAGGCGGCGGCGGAUUUGAGGCUCGGAUGCUUGCUGCUGCUGCCAAGGCUCUGCUCCCGUCGGUCCAUGGUUGUUGAUGGCGUGGAAGGCGGCCAUGGGGGGUAAGGCGGCCGGCAUCGGAGGCGAGAAGCUCAAGUGCCCGCCGUCGUCCGCCGCAAGGUCGCGGAUGAAGCUCUGGAUGGUGCGCGCCACCACCACCGUCCUGCUCUGGACCUGCGUCAUGCAGCUCACCGCCGUCGGCGAGACGUGGGGGCCCCGGGUGCUCAAGGGAUGGCCCUCCUGCCUCACGGCCCCCGAGGAGGCCGCCGCCGUGCGCCCGGCCGUCGUCGACAGGGCCGCGUUGCUGCCGCCCAAAAGAAUUUACAGGAACAAUGGUUAUUUGAUGGUCUCAUGCAAUGGUGGUCUUAACCAAAUGCGAGCUGCUAUAUGUGACAUGGUUGUAAUAGCAAGAUAUUUAAAUGUCACUUUGGUUGUGCCAGAGUUGGACAAGACUUCGUUUUGGAAUGACCCGAGUGAGUUCCAAGAUAUAUUUGACGUCGAACACUUUAUAACCUCCUUACGAGACGAAGUUCGCAUACUGAGAGAACUGCCUCCAAGGGUAAAGCGAAGAGUUGAACUUGGUAUGUUCCACUCAAUGCCACCUAUCAGUUGGUCUGAUAUCUCCUAUUACCAUAAUCAGAUUCUUCCGUUUAUUCGGAAACACAAGGUUCUGCAUUUGAAUAGAACUGACGCUAGGCUAGCAAACAAUGGUUUACCUAUGGAGAUUCAAAAACUGAGAUGCCGAGUAAAUUAUGCCUCUCUAAGAUUCACCGCCGAAAUUGAAGAUCUGGGCAAGCGUGUAAUUAGAAUACUUCGCCAAAAUGGUCCUUUCUUGGUACUUCAUUUACGUUACGAAAUGGAUAUGCUGGCUUUCUCUGGUUGUACUCAAGGGUGCAGUAACGAAGAGGCAGAAGAGCUCACAAGAAUGAGGUAUGCUUAUCCGUGGUGGAAAGAGAAAAUCAUUGACUCGGAUUUGAAAAGAAAAGAUGGCUUUUGCCCAUUGACGCCAGAGGAGACCGCUCUUGUUCUCAGAGCAUUGGAUAUUGAUAGAAGUAUGCAAAUAUACAUCGCAGCUGGGGAAAUAUACGGUGGAAAACGCAGGAUGGCAGCUCUCACUUCAGCUUAUCCGAAUGUGGUGAGGAAAGAGACACUUCUGGAACCUUCUGAUCUAAUGUUCUUCCAGAACCAUUCGUCCCAGAUGGCUGCACUGGACUACAUGGUUUCUUUAGAAAGUGAUAUAUUUGUUCCAACAUAUGAUGGCAAUAUGGCUAAAGUUGUCGAGGGUCAUCGCAGGUUCAUGGGUUUCAAGAAGACGAUCUUGUUAGAUCGAAAACUCAUCGUGGACCUAGCGGACCAGUACAACAACGGUUCAUUGCGAUGGGAUGAGUUCUCUUUGCUGAUCAAGGCUGCCCACGCAGGGCGGAUGGGAUCAGCCUCGAAGCGGACAGUGAUUCCCGACAGACCCAAGGAGGAGGACUACUUCUACGCAAACCCCCAGGAGUGCCUGCAAGGCCCCGACCGCCUACGCACAUCAUGAUAACCGCCGCCACCCCUGUCAAUAUUUUCACCCACCUUAUACCAUUCUUUUCACAGACGCAGCAGCCGAACCUGAGGCCGGGUUCGUCGUUAUUUUGCUUGAAGAAGCCGAAAGAGGGGUGGCUCAGUUCGCCAUAGCUGGGAUGUAAACUUGGGGAGGGGGUGGACGCGGGUGUUGUAUAUCUUGGAUGUAGCUGCCUAGCUGGUAAAUACUCUACACGUUAUAGAAAUGGAGGGCGGAUUCGUUCAUUCCACGAAAAUAAUGAGGAGUCAAUACUGAAGAUACUCUUGUAUAGAAGAUGGUGAUAGAGUCUACUACCACGAAGAGGAAAGGUAAAUUUGAGUGAGGGAGAGAUGGCCGGACCCACAUGUCUGUCUCUGGCUGGUCUUCUUCUGGUUGUGUAAAACAUACUAGCAGUUGUUCCGUAGCCUCCCCCGUGCUUCCUCCCCGUCAGGCAGGGCUUAAUUUUUUUUUGUCAAUCAAAGUUGCUGAGAGUUGUAUACUACAGUGUUUAUUGGAUCGAUGUGGUUACCUGUGCAGAA